AAUUAAAACCGCACGAGGCGUAGACAACAAGACCUGCGCGUUACCUCGCAUUGCGGUACAAGCGUAACAAGCGCCAAUUAGACGACGCAAUAUCGUGUAAAAGCGACGACGACGACGACGACGACGACGACGACUUUUUCAGCUGUUAAACAGCGGCGACUGAAACAUCAUGCCAAACGAAAGGAAGCCCAGUAGUAUCGCCUUCGCCGUUGAGGAACUCGAAGUGCCGCCAGAGAAAAGCAAGGCCAAGAAAAAGUGGUGGAGCAGAGGGAAAUUCGCCGCCGCAGUAUGCGCCUUCCAGGUUCUCUUCUUCUGUCUAUUCAUCUCAUUCGCGAGAUACGGAGAACAGGCUCGGUCUGCGUACGUGCGACAUGACGAUGAAGAGAGUCCGGAGCAGAUCGCUCAGUACUACGCCAUGUUUCAGGAUGUGCACGUGAUGAUCUUCGUUGGCUUCGGCUUUCUAAUGACGUUCCUCAAGCGUUAUGGAUACUCCAGCGUCGGUAUCAACUUUCUCAUCGGAGCUUUCGUCCUGCAGUGGGCCACACUGAUGAUUGGCUUCUUCGGUAGUUUGCCGACCACCGGCUACAUAGACAUCAACAUAUACACGAUGCUGAGCGCUGACUUUGCUGCUGCUGCCGUCCUGAUCUCGUUCGGUGCCGUGCUGGGAAAGCUCAGUCCGCUACAACUACUCAUCAUGACCUUCAUCGAGGUCGUACUCUUCCAGCUGAACGAGCAUAUCGGCAGAGAGUAUCUUCACGCACUCGAUGCUGGAGACUCGAUGUUCGUUCACAUGUUUGGAGCUUACUUCGGUCUAGCCGUGGCGCGAGUGACCUUCCAUCGGGACGUAGAGAAAUCGACGAAAGAAGAGGCUGUCUAUCACUCGGAUUUGUUCGCCAUGGUCGGGACGGUGUUCCUGUGGAUCUUCUGGCCAAGCUUUAACGCAGGAGCGCUAGCAGGAGACGAUAGACAUCGAGCCGUCAUCAACACCUACUAUUCCAUCGCAGCCUGCUGCGUGUUCACGUUCGCCAUCUCCUCUCUCGUCGACAAGAAGAACAAGUUGGACAUGGUUCACAUCCAGAAUUCGACUCUCGCUGGCGGCGUGGCAGUCGGUGCAUGUGGUAACAUGAUGAUACAACCUUGGGGCGCCAUCUUGAUCGGAAUGGUAGCUGGCUCUCUCUCCGUCGUCGGCUACAAAUUUCUAACGCCUAUGAUGAACAGCAAGCUAAAGAUUCACGACACCUGCGGAGUGCAUAAUCUUCACGGGAUGCCCGCCAUCUUGGCGGCAUUUGCUAGUGCCGUAGCCAGCGCCAUCGCGUCGAAGGAAGUGUACGGAGACGGUUUAUACGACACGUUCCCCGCCCUCGCCCCGGUGACUAACGUGACUGGAGGACAUGGCGAACAUGGAGGCAUGGGAUGGACAAGUGGUAUCCAAGCCGGCCACCAGAUGGCAGCCAUGGGCGUGACGCUCUGUAUCGCAAUAAUCGGUGGAACCACCACAGGAUUCCUGCUUCGGAUUCCCGUUUUUGAUGCUCCACGAAAUAACCAGAUCUUCGACGACGAUCAAUUCUGGGAGGUACCGGAACCGGAAAUCGUCAUGCAUCCAUCAGACAAUAAUCAGGAGCGCCAACCUCUUGACGUUUCCAAGAUGUAAUAUCAAGAUGUUAACAAUAAUCUAAUAUUUGCUCAACUUAUAAUCUAAUAUAACGCAUCAAGAUCUAGCGUUUAUACACAGCACCGCGUGCUGCUGCUGAUGGCGAUGAUGAUGACGUGUACGUAGGAACAUCCGCUGUUUAGUAACGACACCAGAAGGCAUUGACACCGCUAAUAUUCGCGCGUGCAUAUAACAUAUUAAUUAUCAGCUAACGGGUAAUUAGUAUUAGCGUAGUAACCGAGUGCAAUACUUCUAUGUUACAAUGUAUAUAUCUCACAAACGACGCUUGUUUGCAUAGUUAUAAUCAUGUCAAGCGUGAAUAGUACAGAACUUUUUUGUUUUUAUUCACUAUUCGCACGUGCACGAUGGUCGUUUUAUAUCAAAUGCCGUUCGUAAUAAUUGCAUAAGAGAGAGGCGGGGUGGGUCCAUUUCUCUAGGUAAGAAAAUAUUCUAGUUUCCAGUGCAGCAAUUUGUAUAACAAUGCGUCUAAUUUCUUACAACGUAAAAUACGUAGCUAUAUUUAAUAUCGAAUGACAUAACAUUUUUACUUAAAUACGCGUCACCUAUAAUAUUUUGUUAAAGACGAGUUUAAAACUCAAUAAACUGUAUAGCGUUUGCUUGCUGCUGUUAAACUGAUAUGACGCAACGCCACUCACAGACGCUCACGAAUACACAGGGUAGUGUACUUAGACGCGAAAACAAACAUCUGGGGUUUUACAGAGCGUUAUUAUCAGGGGUUAAUAACGACAAAUUUGUCAUUAUUACGUAAGUAUAUAAUUAUUUAUAUGUACUAUGUAAUUAUGUAAAAUUUGUCAUUAUUAACCCCGUUAUUAUGUUCGUCCAAAACCCAUCAUAACAGUUAGCUGUGCUGUGAUAAAGGGAUCCCACCACGGACACAGCUAGCGGGGGUAGGGGGGGGGUUAGAGGGGAGGGGGAAGGGAGUUACUGCUAGACCAAUGUAUAGAUUACCUGGAGUAUAUGAAUAGUUAAUUACACCUGAUAUUAUCAGGAGUGUCAUAACAUAGAUCUAUAGAUCUAUAGAUUUGAUAUAUAGAUAAUAGUCUAUUAUGACGCUUCUGAUUAUUAUUCCACGACAAUUAGCGAACUGUCCACGGUCUACCAAGAACCCAAACUGUAUAUGGCUUUGCCCCCUCCCCCCCCAGCAGAACAGGCAAGGCGAGUUAUCUACGAGCCCUGGAUCCUGGGGUCAAAGGAUGGGAUCCACAUACACGAUUCUCUUCGCACUCAGUGUGACUUUAACGUGACGUGUGUGUGUGUGUGUGUGUGUGAUUUUAACGCUCAGCAAGACUCAUGAAUCAAAGUAGCAAAUUGGGAAAUUAGGAAAUAAAAGAUGCUUUUUUUGUACCAAACUUCAA